CGCGCCUGCCCCGGAACAGGGCUGCCACUGUUGAGUCUGUGGGAGUAUGAAUCAGCAGCAGCAGAGAAUGGCUGCAGUUGGGACAGACAAAGAGCUCAGUGACCUGCUGGACUUCAGUAUGAUGUUUCCCCUGCCAGUGGCUAAUGGAAAAAACAGACCCACGACCCUAGCAAGCACUCAGUUUGGAGGAUCAGGUUUGGAUGAAAGACCAGGAUCAGGUUCCUGGGGAACAGGAGAUCAAAACAGCUCCACGUUUGACCAAGGCAGGCAGAGCUAUGGUGAAGGCCCUCACUACGGCGAGCACCGGGACCUGCCGGCUCACAACAGCUUAACUUCAUCACCAUUCCUGGGAGCUGGACUAGUGGGGAAGGGCAGUGACAGAGCCUCCUACUCCACGUUCGGCAGAGACGCAGGGAUCCCAGGACUCAACCAGACUGCUUUCCUGCCCAGUGAGAUGGGGAUCGCCAGCCCCAGCACCCUGUCCCCAACUGGGGUGAAAGGAGGCUCCCAAUAUUUUUCUUACCCCAACAAUCCUCGCAGGAGAGGUGCUGAGAGCAACAUAGAUGGACAGCCCAAGAAGGUUCGGAAGGUGCCUCCUGGACUCCCCUCCUCGGUGUAUCCAUCCAACUCAGGUGAUGACUACAGCAGGGAUCCAGCUGGAUAUACUCCCUCAAAGCCUCCCAGCACUGUGUAUCCCGGAGCCUUUUACAUGGCAGAUGGGCUCCAUAACUCGCCAGACCUGUGGAGUUCACCAGGUGCCAUGAGCCAGUCGAGUUACGGUGCCAUGCUGGGCAGCUCCUCCUCCCCACUCCCGCAGUCUGGCGGCUUCAACAGUUUACAUCAGCACGAACGCAUGAACUACCAGCUGCAUUCAGGGGAGGUGAACGGGGGGCUGCCCUCUGUGUCUGGCUUCUCCUCGGCCUCCACACCCUACGGCGUCUCCAGCCACACGCCCCCGAUCAGCGCCACCGACACCAUCAUGGGUAACAGAGGAACCACAGCUGGGAGCUCUGGAGAUGCCCUCGGGAAGGCACUAGCUUCAAUCUAUUCCCCUGAUCACUCUAGCAAUAACUUCUCCUCAAACCCCUCCACACCAGUCGGCUCCCCUCAGGGGCUUGCAGUUGCAGGCACGGCGCAGUGGUCGCGGGCGAGCGGACAAGGUGCCUUAUCUCCCAGCUACGAAGGGAGCCUCCACACCUUACAAAACAAGAUGGAAGACAGGUUGGAUGAAGCCAUCCACGUGCUGAGGAAUCACGCCGUGGGCCAGACCGCUGCCAUGCCAAGCAACCACGGGGACAUGCAUGGGCUGCUGGGCGCAGCACCAGCUCACAGUGCCACUGUGGGCAGCCUGGGCCAGGCCUUCCCUGCCUCAGUCAUGUCCCUGGGGAGCAGGCACCCAAGCCUGGUGGGAGGAGGUCACCCCGAAGAUGGGCUGUCCAGCAACCCCAGCAUGCUCCACAACCACGUCUCACUUCCGUCCCAGCCCAGCUCACUCCCUGACCUCAGCAGGCAGCAGGACACAUACAGCGGCUUGUCUGGGGGGCUGGGCAGAAGCAGUGUCUCCUCGGGCACCAGCGAAAUCAAGAGGGAAGAGAAGGAGGAUGAGGAGAACACAUCAGUGGCAGAUAACUCAGAGGAGGAAAAGAAGGAGCUGAAGCCCUCCCGGAACAGAACAAGCAGUACAGACGAGGCCUUGUCACUGGAGGACAAAGAUCUGAGGGACCGGGAGAGGAGGAUGGCCAAUAACGCCAGGGAGAGGGUGCGCGUGCGGGACAUUAACGAGGCCUUUAAAGAGCUGGGACGCAUGUGCCAGAUGCACUUAAAAACGGACAAAGCACAGACCAAACUGAUCAUCCUGCAGCAAGCAGUGCAGGUCAUUCUGGGCCUGGAGCAGCAAGUACGAGAGCGCAACCUGAACCCUAAAGCAGCCUGCUUGAAGCGUCGGGAAGAAGAGAAAGUGUCUGGAGUGGUAGGAGAUCCCCAGAUGACACUUUCAGCUUCACAUCCUGGUCUAGGAGAUGGCCACAACCCUGUUGGACACAUGUAAAGAUCUUUUUGUUCCUCUGGACACAGAGAUCUGUAGGAAGAAAAAAAAAAAAAAAACCUGGGUGUGACCUGCAAGCUUCUGGAACCAUAAACUGUAGUCCUGCAAAAUACUGACACAAGGUGGACAGAUCCUGGCGUGAC